UUGCACUCACUUUAGGAAAAAAAAACGGGGCUGAACUUCAAAUAGCUGGUGUCUGAGUGUUUUGCUCGUUUACAGCGACAGUUAAUUUUUAAUCGAGUGUGAGGACGAGGGAGGCUCUGGAGAGCUUAUGUAACGGUUCACAACUUCAUACCCUAAUAUCGCCGCAAGGCCUUUAAUUACGCGUAAGCACUUCUCAUCUUUUCACACCUCAAACUGUCCUCCCCUUAAACACACACACACACACACACACGUAUAAAGGCCGAGCCCCGCGAGCUGACAACAGGCAUUAGAGACAGCCUCCACCCGUGGGCACUUCGUCAGCUCGGGACCAGCCUCCCCCAACCUCACCAUAGUUCAGGUCUCCAGCCUCCCCAAACUCCAGUCAGAAUGCCUCCCUACGAGAGAUCCAUGGAAAUCACGCCUUUCAAGCUAAAGAAGUGCCUCGCAACAAGAAAAGAUGAAGUCUGCACUAUUCGGUCUAAGUUCCCCAACAAAUUACCGGUAAUUGUGGAGCGAUACCUUCGCGAGAAAAAGCUUCCCCUGCUGGACAAAACCAAAUUUCUUGUCCCACAUGAACUGACAUUAGGGCAGUUCCUCAGUCUGCUCAGAAGUAAGAUAGCACUAGAGGCAUCUCAAGCGCUGUACCUACUGAUCUCAGGGAAGAACACGUCCUGUUUGUCAGCCAGCAUGGGAGAAGUUUACUCACAGUUCAGAGACCCCGAUGGCUUUCUCUACAUAACCUAUGCAUCCCAGGACAUGUUUGGAUGAACAGACCCUCAGAAAUGAGCAUGACACACAGAUCCCCUCACAUACCUCCAGACUGAUGCCUCAUGUAUUGCUGCUAAAUGAAGACUCUCACUGUGCAUCACACCUAAAACCACACAGACCAGAAGACGAUUGGACUCUUCUGACCUCAUUUUUUAAUAGUUUAGAUUUCUUUGAGGCUAAUGUUGGAGCAUAAUCAGUAGAUUUGAAAGAGGUUACAACUGAGCCGUCUAAUAUGAAGAACAGAAAAGUGAUGUCCCUUCUCUCAAGCUGCUCUAUCAUGAGGCUCCAACACAAAAAAAAUGACGUCCUGUCACAAUAAGACAGUGUCUGUUCGAUUCUGGUUUCCUUUCCUUGUUCUUUCUGUGACUGUGCAUCUGUGUUUCUGAAACAAACACAGAGGGAAACGGACAAAUAAAAACUAUUCAAGCACCUACUGGAAAGUAAAAUGUGUGCAAACAACACGGUCAUUAUGUCAAUGACAGUCCUCAAUAAAUCAGUUUAGUUCUUUUAA